AUGAGAUCAUUUUUUAUCGGAUUACUAUUUUUACUUAUUGUUUCAUAUUGGGCUCAUAUUUUUCUUACGCGUGAACUUGAUACAAAUGAAUUAGCUACUGUUAUUAUUGAUAAUAACCCCAUUGGUCAUGGUAUAUGUGAAUGUCGAUGUUGUCUUUUAAGUGGUAGAAUGUGUGAAACUAUUAUACGACAUAGUAGAUUAUUCAAGAAAGAGUUUUCUUGUGAUUUAUGUACAAAUGAAUAUUGUACUAUGAAUGUUAAUGAAACUCAACAAUGCGAAUGGAUGCAUACAAUGAAAGCUGAAUGUUAUCAAUAUGAACGUCGUCAGAAAUCUUUAUCAUCAUUUGUCAAUGUACGACCUAUUUUACAAUGA